GGCCGGAGCCGCGGGCCGCGCCGCCUGGCUUGGCUCGCUCCCUCCCUUCCCUCCGCUUCUCCUGCGCGCCGGCCCGAAAGCAUGCGAGGGCGGCCGGGGCGCUGCUGCCCCCCUCAGCCGCCUCCCCGCCGCCGGUGAGGGAGCGCCGCGGGAGGGAAGAUGGGCGCCGUCCUGCGGAGCCUCCUGGUCUGCGGCUUGUGCGCCUUGGCGAGAGCUUCUCCACUGUUGCUGUAUGCAAAUCGGCGUGACCUGCGAUUGGUGGACGCCACACAGGGGAACGAGAACGCCACGGUUGUGGUGGGUGGCUUGGAAGAUGCCGCUGCGGUGGACUUUGUUUUCAUCCAUGGCUUGAUAUACUGGAGUGAUGUCAGUGAAGAAGCCAUUAAACGGACAGAAUUCAACAAAACGGGGAGUGUGCAAAAUGUGGUUGUUUCUGGGCUUUUAUCACCUGAUGGUCUGGCUUGUGAUUGGCUGGGUGAGAAACUGUACUGGACCGAUUCUGAAACAAACCGGAUAGAAGUUUCCAAUUUAGAUGGAUCUUUACGGAAAGUUUUAUUUUGGCAAGAGUUGGAUCAACCCAGAGCAAUCGCCUUAGAUCCUUCAAGAGGGUUCAUGUACUGGACAGACUGGGGAGAAGUGCCAAAGAUAGAGCGUGCUGGGAUGGAUGGUUCGAGCCGCUCAGUUAUAAUCAGCACAGACAUUUAUUGGCCAAAUGGACUGACCUUGGAUUAUGAAGAACAGAAGCUGUACUGGGCAGAUGCUAAACUGAAUUUCAUUCACAGGUCAAACUUGGAUGGAACUCAUCGGCAAGCCGUCAUUAAAGGAUCCCUCCCACAUCCUUUCGCUCUGACCUUAUUUGGGAACACGCUGUACUGGACUGAUUGGACCACUCGCUCCGUCUUGGCCUGCAACAAAUAUACAGGGGAGAACUUGCGUGAAAUACAUUCCAACAUCUUUUCUCCCAUGGAUAUCCAUGUGUUCAGCCAACAGAGGCAACCAAAUGCUACAAACCCCUGUGGAGCCAGUAACGGGGGCUGCUCCCAUUUGUGCCUGAUGUCUCCCGUCAAGCCAUCUUAUCGGUGUGCGUGUCCCACGGGAGUGAAGCUCCUUGAGAAUGAGAAGACCUGCAGAAAUGGAGCCACCGAGUUGCUGCUGUUAGCCCGAAGGACUGACUUGAGGCGGAUUUCUUUGGACACUCCGGAUUUUACCGAUAUUGUUUUGCAACUGGAAGACAUCCGACAUGCCAUUGCUAUUGACUAUGAUCCUGUAGAAAGGUACAUCUACUGGACAGAUGAUGAAGUGAGGGCCAUCCGCCGCUCUUUCAUCGACGGUUCAGCCAGCCAGUUUGUGGUCCAGGCGCAGAUUGCACAUCCAGAUGGCAUUGCUGUGGAUUGGAUUGCCCGUAACCUUUAUUGGACUGACACGGGUACAGAUCGUAUCGAGGUGACACGGCUUAAUGGGACCAUGAGGAAGAUUCUGAUUUCAGAAGACUUGGAAGAACCUAGAGCUAUAGCUCUGGAUCCUAUGAUUGGCUACAUGUACUGGACUGACUGGGGAGAGAUUCCAAAGAUUGAGAGGGCUGCUUUAGAUGGAUCAGACAGAGUAGUACUUGUGAAUACGUCGCUUGGCUGGCCAAAUGGAUUGGCACUGGAUUAUACGGAAAACAAGAUAUACUGGGGAGACGCUAAAACAGACAAAAUUGAGGUCAUGAACACAGAUGGUACCAGCAGGAGAGUUCUUGUGGAGGACAAGUUGCCUCAUAUCUUUGGUUUCACACUACUGGGGGACUACAUUUACUGGACAGACUGGCAGAGGCGAAGCAUUGAGCGAGUUCACAAGCGGACAGCUGAACGGGAGAUAAUCAUAGACCAGCUGCCAGACCUCAUGGGGCUGAAGGCUACAAAUGUCCAUCAAAUCAUUGGUACAAAUCCUUGUGCAGAAUCUAAUGGGGGAUGCAGCCACCUAUGCCUGUACAGGCCGCAGGGUUUACGCUGUGCCUGCCCCAUUGGGCUGGAGCUCAUUAGUGACAUGAAGACAUGCAUAGUCCCGGAAGCUUUCUUAUUGUUUUCCCGUAGAGCGGAUAUCAGGCGAAUCUCACUGGAAACGAACAACAACAAUGUUGCUAUCCCUCUCACUGGAGUUAAAGAAGCUUCCGCCUUAGAUUUUGAUGUCACAGACAAUCGCAUAUAUUGGACAGACAUCUCUUUAAAGACCAUCAGUAGGGCAUUCAUGAAUGGCAGUGCCCUGGAACACGUAGUUGAGUUUGGCUUGGAUUACCCAGAAGGCAUGGCUGUGGAUUGGCUAGGGAAGAACCUGUAUUGGGCUGAUACAGGAACGAAUCGUAUUGAAGUGUCCAAGCUAGAUGGGCAGCAUCGUCAGGUUCUGGUAUGGAAGGACCUGGACAGUCCUCGGGCUCUGGCAUUGGAUCCAGCUGAAGGGUUUAUGUACUGGACCGAAUGGGGUGGGAAGCCCAAAAUUGACCGAGCUGCCAUGGAUGGCAGUGACCGUACCACGUUGGUGCCGAAUGUGGGACGGGCAAAUGGGUUGACAAUCGAUUAUGCUAAAAGAAGAUUGUACUGGACUGACCUGGAUACCAAUCUGAUAGAAUCUUCAAAUAUGUUGGGACUCAACCGUGAUGUUAUUGCAGAUGAUUUGCCUCAUCCGUUUGGCCUGACGCAGUAUCAGGAUUACAUCUAUUGGACAGAUUGGAGCCGCCGUAGCAUUGAACGUGCCAACAAGACCAGUGGCCAGAACAGAACAGUCAUCCAGAACCACUUGGAUUAUGUGAUGGAUAUCUUGGUCUUCCACUCAUCCCGCCAAGCAGGCUGGAACGAGUGUGCUUCCAGUAACGGACACUGCUCCCAUCUCUGUUUGGCAGUGCCGGUUAGUGGUUUUGUCUGUGGAUGUCCAGCUCAUUAUUCCCUGAACUCUGACAACAGAACUUGUAGCGCCCCUACAAGUUUCCUGCUUUUCAGUCAGAAAAAUGCCAUCAACCGCAUGGUGAUCGAUGAGCAGCAGAGCCCAGAUAUCAUUCUUCCCAUCCACAGUCUCAGGAACGUCCGGGCCAUUGACUACGACCCCCUGGAGAAACAGCUGUACUGGAUUGACUCUCGGCAGAACAUUAUUCGGAAGUCACAGGAGGAUGGUGGUCAGAGCUUUACGGUGGUGAUGAGUCCAGUUCCAAAUCAGAACCUUGACAUCCAGCCCUACGACUUGAGCAUUGACAUUUACAGCCGCUACGUUUAUUGGACUUGUGAAGCCACAAAUGUGAUCAAUGUGACUCGCCUGGAUGGGAGACCUAUAGGAGUGGUGCUGAGAGGUGAUCAGGAUAGGCCCAGGGCUAUUGUGGUGAACCCAGAGAAAGGGUACAUGUAUUUCACCAACCUCCAGGAGAGGUCCCCUAAAAUCGAAAGAGCAGCUUUAGAUGGGACAGAACGUGAGGUCCUCUUCUCCAGUGGGCUGAACAAGCCUGUAGCCCUGGCCAUUGAUGGCCAGUUAGGGAAACUCUUCUGGGCAGAUUCUGACCUACGGAGAAUUGAGAGCAGCGACCUCUCAGGUGCUAAUCGGAUUGUUUUAGAAGAUUCCAACAUCUUGCAACCUGUAGGACUGACUGUGUUUGAAAACUGGCUCUACUGGAUUGACAGGCAUCAACAAAUGAUUGAAAAAAUUGACAUGACCGGCCAAGAAGGACGUACAAAAGUUCAGGCUCGUAUAGCUCAGCUCAGCGACAUUCAUGCUGUUAAAGAACUCAACAUGCAGGAGUACAGGCAGCACCCGUGCUCCCAAGAUAACGGUGGCUGUUCACACAUUUGUAUUGUGAAAGGUGAUGGGACCACACGAUGUUCCUGCCCAGUGCAUUUAGUCCUGCUUCAGGAUGAACUUUCCUGCGGAGAACCGCCAACAUGUUCCCCGCAACAGUUCACCUGCUUCACAGGGGAGAUUGACUGCAUUCCUGUUGUUUGGCGCUGUGAUGGCUUCACAGAGUGUGAGGACGACAGUGAUGAGAAAAACUGCCCUGUGUGCUCAGAAGCCCAGUUCCAGUGCGAGAGCGGGCAAUGCAUUGACAGCGGCCUGCAGUGCAACGGGGAGGCCAACUGCCAGGACAGCUCUGAUGAGAAGAACUGUGAAGUGCUUUGUCUGUCUGAUCAGUUCCGAUGCGCUAGUGGGCAAUGCAUUGGAAAAAACAAGAAAUGUGACCACAACUUGGACUGCAGUGACAAUUCUGAUGAACAGGGGUGCUACACAACAGAGGAACCUGCUCCACAAACCAGCAAUACGAUUGGCUCCAUCAUUGGUGUGAUCCUGACCGUUUUUGUGGUUGGUGCUAUGUACUUUGUGUGCCAGAGGGUGUUGUGCCCACGCAUGAAAGGGGAUGGGGAAACCAUGACCAAUGACUACAUAGUGCACGGACCAGCUUCUGUACCUCUGGGCUAUGUGCCUCACCCAAGCUCACUCUCUGGAUCUCUCCCUGGAAUGUCCCGGGGUAAAUCUGUGAUCAGCUCUCUCAGCAUCAUGGGUGGAAGCAGCGGGCCUCCGUAUGACAGAGCCCACGUCACUGGGGCCUCAUCCAGUAGUUCUUCAAGUACCAAGGGCACUUAUUUCCCACCAAUUUUGAAUCCGCCUCCAUCACCAGCUACUGAACGUUCCCAUUACACUAUGGAGUUUGGUUAUUCUUCAAACAGCCCCUCUACCCAUCGAUCAUACAGUUACAGGCCGUACAGCUACCGGCAUUUUGCCCCUCCCACGACACCAUGCAGCACGGAUGUUUGUGACAGCGAUUAUGCGCCCAGCCGUCGGAUGAUGACUGCAGUGGGCAAGGGCUAUACCAGUGACUUGAACUAUGAUUCUGAGCCUGUGCCCCCUCCUCCAACUCCACGCAGCCAGUAUUUGUCAGCAGAGGAGAACUACGAGAGUUGCCCGCCAUCUCCAUUCACAGAGCGGAGUUAUUCACAUCACUUGUAUCCGCCGCCCCCCUCCCCGUGCACAGACUCCUCCUGAGAGACAGCCUCCCUCCUUUGACUGCCUCCAACCUGACUGUGUAAAUACUGAGUGCUCCUAUCAAGAGGGGGGAGGGUCUGAGGCAGAGUGUAUACAAUUAAAAUUAUUAAAUAGUGUGGGGAGCAGAUACUGGAAAACUUGUAUAGAAGGGGGGGGGGUAGAAGGUUUAUUUAUAUAUUUUCUUAAAACAGAGUCUGCUGCUUUGUGCCAUAAGAAAUUUUUAAAAAUUUGUACACAGAAGUGUGGGAGUUUUUUUUAUUAUUUUUCCAAAUGGAACACAAGAAGAUGCCUUAAAUCAGUGAAGUGACUGAGCACAGGGGAAACGGAAGGCGUGGAGUGUGUCGCUGUUCAAUGAGCCAAAUGCCAAAAAAAGAAAUGCUUUUCGGAGCAAGGCGAAGAAUGAAAAGAGUCUGACAUGGAGCAGCAGCUACAGCCAAAUCACCUCUUGCGUUUUAACUUUGAUGGGCCAGCAGUUUAAAUUAAACUUGAAGAAAACUGUUCUAACAAACAAAUAACGGUACACAAAGGGCUUUAUUUUCUACAAGAAUACAGCAGUCACCGCAGUGAGAAUGUUGAACCUGCUUAAUUCAGAUCGUCUGAAGUAGUCAAACAGCUUUUUGUCCUUUUCGGAGAGCUCAGCUGUCUUGUUCAAGGCUUUAAAUGGGUUUUUUAGUUCUUCUGGGCUUGGUUCACUUAGCACGUGGACUGUGAGGAGAACAGGAUCAGGCCUCAGCCUGCAUAUUCUUUCAUGGAUGCCUCGCUUUUUUCAUGCAGAGUCAGGAAGAUCCAAAGUUUGGGUAAAUGUGGGAUCUCCUAGUUUUCAUGUUACAGUUUUUACCCAAGAUGGGGUGGAGAACAUGAGGGCUGGUGCCUUACCGUGAGUGAUGGGCGGGGGGAGGGGGGGAGUAAUGAAUAAACAGGCCCUUUGUGAGUGUGUGUGUGUGAGUGUGUCUCUCUCUGCGUGUUUUCACAUAUACAACACAGAGAGGAGCUUUUUCCCUGCCUCUGCAAUAGGAUUGUGUUCUCAUACCGUGUCAGUCCUGUUUUCAGGCCAAUGACAAAGGUAACCGUUGCUGUACCUCAGUAACUUUUCAUCCCAGAUCUUCAAAAUAUUUCUGUGCCCCACCCCCCGCCACCAUUGUCAUGUUUUUAUACAACAUAGUAAUAAUAUAGGUGACAUAUUUAUAUAAACUAUAAAUUUUAACUUUGAAUUCUUUAAUGUAAAUUAAUCUUAUAUUCUUGCAGUACUUUCAGUAUAUAGUGAAUAUUGCAGUAUACAAAUCAUCUCUGUGUGUAUAUAAUGUAUAUUAUACAUAUGUACAUUAUAUAUACAUAUGUACAUUAUAUAAGCAUAUGUACUAGGAAGCAUUUUAAACUUUUUUCAGUCAGGGUGCACUCUGGACAAUUAGGUUGCUAAAAACUUUUUGCCUUCCUGUUGAUGCAGUUUUGAGGAGCCAGACUUUGGAUUCUGACUUAAACAUCCCACUAAUUCUCAUGUGGCAUAAUUUCAGUUCUUAAGCAUAGACCACUGUAUGUCUUUUCAAGGAUAUCCUUUGCCUAAUGAUGCGUUAUAUAUUUACAUAAUAUGUGGAGGGGUUGUGUUGAGACACCUCUGUAUGCUGCGUCUUCAUUUUCUGGCACCUUUGCAUAAUAGCAGAAACACAACAUGUGCAAAACUUCCCAGCAACAGUUGCCAGAAUGACUGGAGUUUGCAGACAUUUAAAAAUGUUUUUAGGUAAUGAAAAUGUCAGUUUUCCCUUCAGGUUUUCCCAAGAUAGUCUCUGAAUCUUACUGUCAUGAAAAGAGAGCAUCAGGCACUCUCCUGCUGGUUUUAACAAGUAUUCUCUGCCCAUGUCAGGAAGUUUGAUGGCUUUCACUAAGAGCAACAGUACACACGUUGGCCAUGAUUGCUCCAGAGUUAGACCUGUGCCUGCUGCAUUAAACAUGCAAAGGAUGAACUCACCCAUGCCCACGGAGUGGGGAAUUGUGGUUCACUGCAGCUCCACUGUAUUUGGAGCCAUGAGCCGCACACUUCCUUUUGGAAAA